CGGGAUUCCCCUAAAGGCGGCGCUCGGGAGAUAUUUGGGUAUCCAAGCUAUUCAGGAGCGUGUGACGAAGGAUCGAUACCAGCCCCUUCUUCUGCGCAUCCAAAAGCGUAUGGCUCCGUGGAAGGCAAAGCGCCUUUCCUUUGCUGGCCGUCUGACCUUGGCGAAAUCCGUGGCUGCCUCGCUUCCUGUGUACAACAUGCAGACGGAGCUCCUUCCUAGCAGCGUAUGCAAGUCCAUUGAUAAGCUUAGCAGAGAUUUCAUCUGGGGUGAUGAUGAAAACAAGGCCAAGAUGCAUCUAGUGAGUUGGGAUGUGAUGACCCGUCCUAAACCACUAGGGGGAGUGGGGAUCAGACCGACCAGGCAAGCGAACUUGGCUCUUCUAGCCAAGAAUGGAUGGAGAUUACUUAAAGACAAGGAGUGCCUUUGGACUCAGAUUAUGAGGGCGAAAUAUGGGCGCCAAAGACAAGGACUUGAAGUUAUCCGGCCUUCUCAGGGAAGUUCCUUCACCUGGGCUAGCAUUGCUAAAACUGCUAGUCUUAUUAAACAGGGAUGUGCGUGGAACAUUAAGAACGGGAAGAGAACUAAUUUUUGGCUCGAUAUUUGGGUUUCGCAGGUUCCUCUUCGGGAUUUGGCAAUUGACGGCAUCCCGAUGGACUUGGAGGGGAAAAAAGUUGCUGAGAUGGUUCGGGAUGACGGCACGUGGAAAACGGAGCUUUUUGAGCACCUCCUACCAAGCGAGAUCACUCAAAAAAUAUUGAGCACCAUGGUUGAUACGCUGUCGCAGGAGGAUGAUGAUAUCUUUUGGGCGGCGGCUGCUGAUGGAAAAUUCUCCACCAAGUCAGCGUAUAACCUUCUUACCCAGCAUUCCCAGCAUCUCUCCGCCCACGACGAGAAGACUUGGAAGACUAUCUGGCGCCUCCCCACCCCGGAGCGUGUUAGGAGUUUCAUGUGGCUGGCGUCUUCAAACAAGCUAGCUACAAAUGUGAUGCGCCAUUUCCGGCGAGUUGCGGAUUUCCCCUGCUGUAUGCGCUGCCCGGGAGUCCCCGAAACAGUCCUCCAUAUUUUGAGAGAUUGCCCGCCAGCCUUGUUCUUCUGGGCGCGCCAUGUGCCCUCUGAGAUGCAACAAAGGUUCUUCAGCUCUAAUCAGCAGGAUUGGUUCCGGGAUAAUUUGAUGUGCUCUACUUCUACUACCUCGGGAAUGGAGUGGCCUGCCUUCUUCAGCACCGCCUCUUGGCUCCUCUGGAAGAAUAGAACCACUGCGGCUUUUAAAGGAAUCGGGGCGGCGCUGACCACUCACUCGCUUGAGCAUUCGAUCAUUGCAAGGGCGAAGCUGUGGCAUGACUCGUGGGUCUCUCCUUCUCCCCUGCAGAAUACCAGGUCGCAGGCCGUGGAGAGAACGUUGGCUAAUAUUGGGUGGACUCCACCGGUGGAAGGGUGGACGACUCUGAAUGUUGACGGAGCCUCGAACGGGAAUCCGGGGCCAGCAGGGGCUGGUGGACUUCUUCGGGAUCACACCGGGCGAUGGAUCAAAGGAUUUGUCUCAAAUGUCGGGUCGGCGUCAGCAACCCUUGCGGAACUUUGGGCCAUCAACCAUGGCAUUGACCUCGCCUGGAAAGAGGGGUUCAGAACCUUGAAGAUCGAGUCAGACUCAAAAAUGGCGAUCCAACUCAUUGAGAACAGGCAUGAUCCGGUUCACCCCUAUGCCACUAUUUUGUCCACUAUUCGGAGGAAGAUUAGCAAUGACUGGUUGGUCCGUAUUGUUCAUACGUACAGAGAAGGGAAUAGAGCUGCGGACUGGCUCUCGAAGCACAGUCUCGUCUUUCCCUACGGUACGCAUGAGCUUGUGGAUCCUCCGGUCGGUCUAGUCUCCAUUUUACGUGAUGAUAUGAUGGGUACUACUCAGGAGAGACGCAUCGUCGUCCCGUCCUCUUCCUCUCUGUAACCCCUGUAUCUUCUUUUUCUUGGCUCCGGCCUCCUAUCAAUGCAAAAAAAAAAAAAAAAGGAAAAUAAAAUGUAAAAGGAAAAAGAAAAUUUGUUUUUUGUUCUUUGACGGGGUUGGGUUCGGGUGGAGCGCCCGCACCGAAUUCCUAUGGUCCUGAGGCCGGAUUGAAAGUAGUGGGGUCCACUUGUGGGGUAGGUGAGGGUGAUAAUGACGUGUCGUUUUCCUGGAAGUUGUCUGGGUGGUGCGCAUUGUAUUGGGGAUUGGGACUUGAGAGGAACUAAUUAUUUGUUAGGUUGGGGUGGUAAAUUUUAAUUGAUUAAUUAAGUAAGUAAUUAUAAUUUAUAAUCAUAAGGGACCGUUUUUUUAACGGUGGGGUAAAAACAAGUAGUAGUGGGAUCGGUUAGCUUGACUAUCCCUAAAGGGGUAGUGAUUUUUGACACCCCCUUUAUGAUUGGCCAAUUUUAUUUCCAAUCAUUGGCAAGUAUUAAUUAAACUGGUUUUUUAUUUUUUUUAAUCUUGUAAUUUGGGGUCUCUCACCACAUUGGAAAAGAGAAAGAAUUUGAGGAAAAACGAAAUCACCCCCAUUAAUUACAUAAUUAAUUUCUCUCACUGGUACAUUAAUUACACGUACCACUCCACUGGUACAUUAAUUACACGUACCACUCCACUGGUACACGUACCACUCCACUGGUGCGAGCAAUCCACAAAGUAGGUUAGAGUGAGAACAAUACCAGUGCAAUGAUAUUUUUCAUAACAAUGAUAAACAAUAACGGAGCAACAAUGCAGUACCACUUCAAUGAUACAAAUACCACUCCACUGGUACACGUACCACUCCACUGGUGCGAGCAAUCCACAAGGUAGGUCAGAGGCGAUCCCAGGAUGGCGGCAGCUGGAGAUAGGAGGAUGGUGGUGGGGGAAGGCGCUGGAGGGUUUUGGUCGUUUCAGAGUAGAGGAGAGUUCUAGUUAAAAUGAAAUCAAAAUGGAAAGAGGGCCCAAAUGGAGAGAGAAGGAGACGAAAGGAAGAAAAAAAGGCAAUUAAUUGCACAUUUGGGGAGAAGCUUUUUUCUGAUUCCUCAUAUUCUUUCCCUUUCCAAUGUGGGUGAGAGACCCCAAAUUACAAGAUUAAAAAAAAUAAAAAACCAGUUUAAUUAAUACUUGCCAAUGAUUGAAAAUAAAAUUGGCCAAUCAUAAAGGGGGUGUUGAAAAUCACUACCCCUUUAGGGGUUAGCAUAGUAUCCCACCCCAGUAGUAGUAAGGGAAGUGUGGCGGUGGAAUUGCAUCGGUAAAUUCGAAGUAUUCAGUAAUAACAUAAUUAUUAUAUUACAUCCAAAGGUGGGAUUAGUUUAACAGUUACUACUCAAACAUGAUUUGGUUUAAGAAAGGGAUGUUUCCACA